GUGCUGCAGGUAUAUCUGUUGCUCCUGUUCUGUGACCUCUCCUAUUGCUGUGGAAGUGCAGAAUAUUUCAUUAAUGGAGAGUGCUGUCCGAUGUGCUCACCUGGGGAGCAUGUUUUUGAGCACUGCACAGAAUUCACGAACACCUCCUGUAAACCGUGCACUGCCGGAUCAUUCAUGGCGCUGCCCAACGGUCUUCUUCAUUGUAUCACUUGUACAGUCUGUGACCCAGGUCUUGGUUUAAAGGCAGAGAGGGAGUGCAGUCCCACCUCUGAUGCAGUGUGUGGGCCUCUGGAUCAGCACUACUGCACUGAGACAGAUCAUAAGAAGGGCUGCAGAUUAGCACAGAGACACAGUAUCUGCAGGCCUGGGACAUUCAUCAGACGCAAUGUUCCCCUCAUUUCUGAGUGGUUAGCAGAGGCCACUCGCUGCACGAUCUGCUUCUGUUAA